UUAAUGUUUCCAUCAAAGCAUUUUUCCCGCUCUAGUUUCGUUUUCUUUCGCUAUGGCGGGAGUUUAGAACGGAGCACGAGAGGGAACGGUCUCCACGGUAACCAUCUAAGCCGGAAGUGCUGGGCUCACUUAAUGUCCAGGUCAGUGAUCUGUCCCCUGAGUGUAGGGGCCACGGCUCCGGAGUCUCUCUCCAUCUUACAGCGGCGUCUUCAGACAGCGGAGCAGCAGACAGAGGAGUUAGUGAGGAGUCUGGGCUCUUUGGGAGCGUCUGCAGAUCAGCUGCUCGUGAACUCUUCAGAUGGGAGCUCCUCUAAGCGUCCCAUCAGUCCUGUGAACAUCCACCGGGCCCUGAGUGCCACAGGAGAGGGUUUGCUGUGGAGACAGUGUGAAACGCUGGUCGCACGAGUGUGCAGAUUAGAAAGUGUUUUGCACGCUCUGAAACUCACCACCUUCCGUCUGGAGACGGACAGACAGCUCAAUCCAUCCAACAUGGCGCGUCUGCAGGAGCGAUUAGCCGCGCUGCAGGAGCAGCAUGAGGAGGAGCAGUCCUCUUCACGGCAGGAGGUGCUGCAGUUACAGGAUGAGCUGCAGCAGGCCUGUGAGCAGAGACAGGAGGCGCAGCGGGAGGUGCUCAGACUCAGGGAGGCGCUGGAGAACACCACCUCUGCUAAAAUGAAGGAGCAGAUGGCGCGGGAGACCACAGCACUCUUGGAGGCUGAGCAAUCCCACAAUGCACUGCUGCUGAGAGUGGAGGAGAUGGAGAGAGUGGUGGAGAGGGAGAGAAGACAGGUGGAGGUUCUUCAAGCAGACUGUCACGCCUUACGUACUGACAGACAGGCAAACAGGGCGGAGCUAAAGAAGAGGGAGGAGCUAAUUCUGGGCCUGGAAAGAGAGUGUCGGGAGCUUCGAGACCAAUCCGGAGUGAAGGAGACUCUGAUAUCACAGCUGACCAAAGAGAUCAAGAGUGUGAAGACGGCUCUGCAGAAACAGCAGCAGGAGAACAGCAGACUCAUCAGAGAUGGACGAGACCUCAGAGCAGCUGCAGAUCAAGUCCAGGUGUUGAAUGAAGAGUUAGAGGUUCAGUGUUCAGAGCUGAGCACCGCACUUCAUUCAUUAACGCUGGAAAACACUCGACUACAGACAGAACAUCACUGUAAAAUUAAGGCGGAGCGAGAUCGUGUGUUUAAACACCUUCAGGAGCAGGAUCUGCUUUUAGACACAGCCAGAAGGAACAUCCAGGCUGAACUACAGGGCACCAUAUCAGAGAAACUCACCCUGCAGAAAGAGCUGGAGGCACUGAAAGCAGAUCAUGGCAAGCUGCAGCAGAGUUCCACCGUUGCCCAGGAGACAGCUGUCAAUCAUCAGCAGAUGCUGGAACGCACCAUCCAGAGGCUUCAGGGGGAGCUCAGCUGUGCCGUGAAAGAUGAUCAGAUAAAGAGUGAGAUGAACUCUGCAGUCAUUUCGCUGGAAAAGGAGAAGAACAUUCUGGAAACACAGCUGUCGGAGAUCAAGGUGGAGUUGACCAUGGUGAACUCAGCACUGCAGAAACAGAAGGAGGAGAACAAGGAGCUGAUGGAGAGCCUGGCAGCCUUGGAGCAUCAGCAGGUAACUCAUCGUCAGGUAGAACAGAUGCUCUGGGACUUGACAGACAGCAAGAACAAACUGGCCUACGAGAAGGGCAAGAUGCAGACACGAGUGCAGCAGAUGGCUGCUGACCUGAAGACAUUGAAAGCAGAAUGUACUCAACACUGUCAUAUAACCAGCAUUACUGUGUGUUGUGUGUUUGUCAGACUGCAGGCUAUGAAAGAGAUUCAGAGGCUUGAAGCUGAACUAGAGAAUCACGACGCAAGGAGCAAUGAGAAGGUUGAAUCUUUGCAAAAAGCACUUGAUGAAGCUCAACUGGACAACAGGAAACUUUCCCAGAGUUUAGAGCAGGCCUUACAGGAAAACCACAAUGCACAAGACAAAUUAAACACCCUCAGCGAGAGGGAGGCGGAGCUUAAAGAGGCGAGGGCAGAGAUUCGGCGAUUGACAGAACAUGUAGAUUCACACAAGAGCUUGCUCAAAAGGGAAAAAGACUCUGGGAGAAAGUCAGCACAGAGGCUGAAGAAGGUGCUAAAUUAUGCAUCGGCAAAGUCAGGUGACCUCUCACGAGCCAAUCAGGAGCUUGGAGAGAAAGUGUCUGAGCUGGAGAAGCUUAUAUCCCAUCAGAAGUCUCAAUUGAAUCAGUAUCUGGGCAACAGAACAGCACUGAAUCACUCUCUAAGAAUCAAGGAUUUGGAAGCAGAAAUUAAAAGUCUUGAAGAAGCAAAGGACGAAUAUAAGAGGAGGAGUCAUGAACAGUCUCAGUCUUUGCUGCAGCUGCGCUCUGAGAUGCUUUCUCUCCAGUCUGCGCUGCAGUGUCUGUCCUCCACUCAGCAGGGGGAGCUUAAGGCCGAAAGAGAUCUCAAUCACACGCUACAGGAGAAAUGCCGGCACCUGGAAGAGAGUUUGAAACGGCUCCAGGACGAGAGGGAUGAGGCAGAAGUGAGACUCGGGGAAGUUUGUCUGGAGUCACAGCAGAUCACAGAGAACAUGGAUGAGGACCACAGAGGGCUCUGCUCUAAAUCUGAGAGCUUUAAUGGCCAGACAGAACCACAGAAACUCACAGAGAGCUUGUGCAGGACGGGGAAAGACGCCACACGGUCCACUCCAGCUCAGACUCGCGUUUGCUUUUUUGACCCUGAACUGGAGCCCUGGGCCUCAGCACUACAGCGCUGGGAGAUCAAGAAAGAGCUGGGACACAUCGCCGGCAGUUACAAACCCACAAGACACGUACGUGCGCUGACCACCUGAUAACAGCCUCCACGGAGAAGUGCAUCACAAACUCAUAGAUCAUGCAUGUAACCGGCUUGAAAAAAUUCAGUUAUCUAUACAGUAGGUGUGUUUGUAUGCAAGUACAUAUCAAGCAUAUUUAAAACAUGUAUUUUAUUGCUUGAAACUAAAAAGUGCACUAGCAAAAAUACAUUGUGUGUGUGUGUGUGUAGAAAGACUGCUCAUAAAAUAAAGUGGAAACAGAGCUGCACUUUAUGACCACGUGCCCUAAUUACUCACAAAUUACUCAUGUUAAACAUGUUUUUUUCCCUGCAGCCCGCAAUAAAGUUAUUCAGUUGCAAUAAAAUAAGGUCAAACUCUUAUACCUGCAAAAUGAAACUCCAGAAAGUACAAAUAUAACUGCAAGGGAGCUGAGGUCUUGCUGUAAAAAAGGGACAACCUCUAUUAUUUUGUCUGUAUAUUGCGUUAUUGUAUUUAUAUAAUUGUUUUUAUUGGUGUAUCUUUUUUUAUAGGUAUAUCUUUUUGUUGUCAUGCCAAUAAAGCUAUUUGAACCUGAAAAGACAAUAAUAUAGCAAU